UGCUUAGAAAGUUCUUUCUUGGCCUAGGCCCAGAGGUAUUCGCUUAUAUGUCUUGUGUUAACUUUAUAGUUUUCUCUUCCAUGUGGAGGCCUAGGUCUGCCUGGUGCCACCUUCGUGUGGGGCCAGAAGGAUCCUCGUUCCGUCUCCUCCCCGGCCCGCCCGCGCCACACGCCACCUUCUCUCCCUACCGCGCCGUCAGUCUGCUGUCUCGGCGCCACCCGAGCCUCGUGUGUGCUAGGAAGCGCCCCUGUCUCCUCUUUGUAUUUAAGAGCAUCUUAGCUAGUUGUGGGCUUUUCUUCUAUCAUUUAAGUCCUAGAGUUCAGAUUCCUCAGAAAACCCAGGUGGCUAUUGCAUGGACUACAGUAUAGUGUAAACAUAACUUUUGUUUGCACUGAGAUACCAGAACGUUCACGUGACUGGCUUUAUUGUAGUCGUCUGGGACUAAACCUGCAGUACCUCUGAGGUUCACCAGUAGUUUGAGCUCAGAAAAUAUAUCUGCUGCAAAACUGUGUGGGAAUGGAGAUCUUGCUUCUUGUUUUAAUUUUUGUGGCAUGGGAAGGAGAUGAUAAAACAACCUGAUUCUUAUUUGUGACUCAGACGUUCACUGUCGUCAAGAUGACUCUACUGCAGUCUUGGUAUCUCAUGUAAGCUCUGUUUGCCUUAUAAUUUUAGGUUGAAUUCAUUGAGAAACAUUCUCAAAUCUGAAAAAAACCCUCACAUUCAAUGUUUGAUGAUAGUGGUCGAGUAGAGGUUUUUCUCAAACAGAAAUUUCAGUCUAGGUCGUGAGUUUUUUAAAAAACUGCAGUAAAACUUUCCCCUUUCAAGCUGUUAAACUGUUGUGUAGUAGGUCAAGUCGGGAUGUUUCGCUUCUAUUUCUGACAAAAAUCCAUGGAACUGGUGAUGGCAAAGUCCAGGAGAGCAGAGGAAGUUCUCAGCUGAUGCCGCUGUCUCAUGACUCGUGAUGGGUGUGGUGUGUUCUGCAGAGCACCUGCCAGUGAAGGGUACGGUGCGUACCCUUAAACACCCACCCUGUGCGGGCCUUGUGGGUUCCCAGCUGAGCCUCUUCUGACACGCGUGUUUUAGCAUGAUCAGUUGUUAACACAUCUUAGCAGAUUCCACUUCAGGUUGGACUGAAUUAGGUGUUUUCUCAGCUUCUUUGGCAGUAAUUUCAGCUGUAGUUGCUCCACAGAGAUGAUUCAUAGAGGCCAAUUCCUCAGUCACUUCAAACUCAGUGUUGACUGCUUGAGUGAAGUAGCAGCUGCAGAGCAGUGUCAGGAACGUGCGGCCGUCUGGAGCCCAGGGACCCUCUGGUCCUUGGCUGCUGCUCUCACUGUCUCCUUGACUCUUCAAGACUCUGUCCGUGCCAAGAGGCUGAUAGUCUGAAGCAGGUUUAUUUGCUCUGGACACAUAACUUCAGCUGCUGCAGUCAACACAAUUUAAUAAACUCAUCAUUGGUGAACAGCAUUCCUUGCUUUCCUUGCUUGGCUAACAAAUGAGCCACUUGGGAGCUUACUUGGUGUAAGGGUCCUUUUCAUUUUCAUUCUGUGAAGUAAUUCUGCUGCGAUGAGAUUUCCAUUUCGGGCUCUGACUGUUGUGCACAUUGGGACAUUGCAGUGCUUCCAGCAGGGCUGUGUGUCCUACCGACCCAGCAGCAAAGAGCCCGCAUGGCCAAUCUGGUGCACGUCUGCGGGACAGUGUGUCUGGCGCUCUCCGCCGCCGCCCAGCCAGAGCCCGAGACCCGCGCGUCCUCACCGGUGCAGGAAGGCAGAGGAGAAGCCUGAGCUUCUGUUUGGCUUUGGCUGGAAAAGAAUUUAGCCUAUAUGUACUGCUUUAACCACUGGACGAAUGACAGAUGACAAAGAUGUGCUUCGAGAUGUGUGGUUUGGACGAAUUCCAACUUGCUUCACCCUCUAUCAGGAUGAGAUAACUGAACGAGAGGCAGAACCAUAUUAUUUGCUUUUGCCAAGAGUUAGUUAUUUGACGUUGGUAACUGACAAAGUGAAAAAGCACUUUGAGAAGGUUAUGAGACAAGAAGACAUUAGUGAGAUAUGGUUUGAAUACGAAGGCACACCACUGAAAUGGCAUUAUCCAAUUGGUUUGCUCUUUGAUCUUCUUGCAUCAAGUUCAGCUCUUCCUUGGAACAUCACAGUACAUUUUAAGAGUUUUCCAGAAAAGGACCUUCUGCACUGUCCAUCUAAGGAUGUAAUUGAAGCUCAUUUUAUGUCUUGUGUGAAAGAAGCAGAUGCUUUAAAGCACAAAAGUCAAGUAAUCAAUGAAAUGCAGAAAAAAGAUCACAAGCAACUCUGGAUGGGUUUACAAAAUGACAGAUUUGACCAGUUUUGGGCCAUCAAUCGGAAACUCAUGGAAUAUCCUGCAGAGGAAAAUGGAUUUCGUUACAUCCCUUUUAGAAUAUACCAGACAACAACUGAACGGCCUUUCAUUCGGCAGCUUUUUCGUCCUGUGGCUACAGAUGACCAAUUGCAUACACUAGGAGAUCUCCUCAAAGAAGUCUGUCCUUCUGCAGUUGCUCCUGAAGAUGGGGAAAAAAAGAAUCAAGUGAGGAUUCAUGGAAUUGAACCAGUGUUGGAAACACCUUUGCAGUGGCUGAGGGAACACCUGAGCCACCCGGAUAAUUUUCUUCAUAUUCGUAUCAUCCCGCAACCAGCAGAUUGAGGGAUCAACCAUUCGCUUGAACGGAAUCACCCUUAAAUAGGAUUUACCCGAGCAUGUCACCUUUCUGCUUCAGUCAGGUUUGGUGGAGGCAACCUGACCAGAAACACUGCUACAAGCCAAACAGGAAAAAGAUUCCAUGUCAGAUAAGGGCACUUGGGCUGGUCUUACUUUGCAUCACCACUGCUUUCCUCCGCUGCCGUCCUUAAACCUCAGCUGCAACAUGAAAGACUUUACAGGACCACUGCAAGUCUUCUGUUUUCUUGUAAAAUAUAAUGAAGCUGAAACCUUUGGCCUAAGAAGAAAAUGGAAAUAUGUGCCACUCAAUUUGUAUUUCUGAUUAACAAAUAAACAGGGGUAUUUCCUAAGGUGACCAUGGUUGAACUUUUAGCUCGAGGGAGUGGAAACACUGGUUUAAUUUUCAAGAGAAUUAGACUUAAGAAAGUAAAAGAGAAAUUCUGUUAUCAAUAACUUUCAGUAAUUUUUUGUAAAAGAUCAAAUUACAGUAAACCCACCUUUCCUUAAU